ACUGUGGUCGUAACUCGCUGAGAAUCAUUCGUUUCCAGGGGUUGGCCUGGAAGGGGAGUGUGUUCUGGGACUCUCUCAAUCAUUGACCUGUCAGCCCCAUUAGCCCUGUUGCCGCCUGCCCCGCCAAGAAGAAAGACGUGAAACCGCUAUAAUGUCCGGGCGUGAACACCCAGAGGGUCUCCCCGGUUGGACCACACCCUCGGAUUGUGAAACCGGCUCCGAGACCUCAAACAAGGUCAAGCCCAGUUCGGCCGGUGAUUGGCUCCCGACCCACGCUCCGGGCCCAAUGACCGGCGGGCCACCUCCCAAUGGGGGCGCCGCCUCGCUCCUCCCACCCGCUUAUCACAGUUAUUAUGCUGGCCCGGACAUGGCUAACGCUUUCCCGCCCCAUUACGGUCGCGCGGGCGAGCCCAAGUACCGUUCGACGGUGCCCAAUAUGCCUCAGCCGUAUUUUAUGCCCCCGGGUUGGUCGGUGCCCCCGGGUCCGGAGAGUGUGGCCACCACGUGCACCACGAGCUUGUCCCGAGGGAGCUCGCGGGAUGACUUGACCUCGCUAAUGGACGGGCGCAUCUUUGAGCACGAGGAACGGUUCCGGGUAGACCGACGGAAACUCGAGCUUUUGAUGCUAGGGCGGUUUGAACCGAUUCGAGAGAGCGCCUCAGAUUAUUUCGCCCGCAUCGGCGAAGAGACGAACACGACCGUGAUUUGGCCCACUCGUUUGAAGAUUGGAGCAAAGUCUAAGAAAGACCCUCAUAUCCGCGUGGGUGGGUUCGAGGAAGGUGUGAGACGAGCCAAGUAUCGAAUUAUGACCCAUUUGGAUACCAAAAAUAAUCGCGUGACGAUGAAAAUGGAUGUUUCUUACACUGACCACUCCCACGUGAUUGGGAAAGGAGGUAACACGAUUAGGAGAGUGAUGGCGGAAACUGGAUGCCACAUCCACUUUCCCGACUCCAACAGGAGCAACCCCAAUGAGAAAAGCAACCAAGUAUCGAUUGCAGGCGAGAUUGAAGGCGUGGAAACGGCCCGAGCUCGGGUCAGAGAGUUGACUCCAUUGAUCUUCAACUUUGAUCUGCCCAUCAUUCCGAGUAUGCUUCCCAGUCCCAAUGUGAACGAGCCAUUCCUCAAAGCCAUUCAAGACCAAUACAACAUUCAGGUGACGUUCCGACAGAAGCAAAAGAACUUCCACACCACUAUGGUCGUGAUCAAAGGCUGCGAAUGGGAGGCAGCCCGUGUCAAAGAAUCCACUCUUCUGCUCGUGGAUCAUCUCUGUGGUCUCCAAGGCGCUGAUGGAGGAGGCACGACCAGACACUCGAUCUCAUCUAACCCGGAAGAGAUCCCGGUCUCCAUGAAUAUGGAAAUCUCUCCCCAGCAUCAUGGGGUGGUUCUGGGCAAAAACAACAUGGCAUUGAAGUUGAUCAUGAGGAGGACCAACACGACCAUUCUCUUUCCCGAUGCGUAUGAUCCGAAUAUUCCGUCCAUCCGGAAGGGAUCUGUAACCAUUACCGGAUCGAUCCACAAUGUUUAUCUCGCUCGGCAGCAACUCAUUGGUUCGUUGCCUCUUGUCAUGACUUUUGAUCUACCCGACGAAUGUGUGGACGUGGACGAAAAGGUCGUUCAGACCUUGAUGAGCGAACUAGAUGUUCAAAUCAAUAUCAAACCCAAAGCCCGACAAUUGUCCAAGUCUGUCACGAUCAAAGCUCACGAAAGAAAUGCCACAAACAUUUACAAGGCCCGAUCGGUCCUUCUUGGUCUUGGCGAUGAACAUGUAAAGGCCACGAUCCCUGAAAACUACAAUAUCCAAGCUGUUGGAUCCGGAUUGGCCUCCGAGUUGGGAAUCACCCUUCCCGUCAAUCACCGACCUUCAUCCAGCUUGGAUUGCAAUAAUAACAACGAUAUGGACAGAGAUGGGCAAGUUCGUACCCCCACGCCCUUGAAUGCCACACCGCCCAUGUUGCCCUCCUCUUCCCCGCGGUAUCCAUCAGUAAGUACCCCAUCCACAUUACGUUCUAAGGCGAAUGCCUCGACUUCGGUACCUUCAUUGGGCGAGAAAGAAAGAGAAUGGGAUCGAAACUCGAUGGAUCCGGGACUUCGUACUGCCGAGGCUUUGCCGCCCAAUCAUCCUCUUUUGAUGAACUACGCACAACUGGUCUUGGAUAAUAUCACCCGACUGGAGCAACAAAGGCUCCAAGACGAGGCUUAUGAUCGAUUCAGUCGAGGCCUAUUUCCCCCUCGUAAGCCGGAACCACGGGAGAAAAAAUACGCGGCCAACGGCGCUGAGCUCCUACCCUGUGGUUGUUCAUUUCCGGGGGUGCUGAGCAUGGACGAAUUGGAUUUCUUGAUCUUGCCUCUCGUUUUCACCCCAGAUCUCACAGGGCCCCCGUCUCCCAUGUCACCUCCGAUCCCAGGGGCCAGUCCCAGGAAUUCUUCUCCCGUUCAUGAAGGUGGAAAUAUAACGGAGCAAUUUGUCCAAAUGGAUCUCAAUCAGACCCACCCGUUGGCCCAUGAGAAUGAGGGACGGGUGUUUAAGAGUGAAAUGGAGUCCCCGCGAGCAUGGGAGAACAAGAAUGAUAACAAUAAUAACGAGAGCCUCAGCGGAAGCGAAGGUGAUGGAGGUGAAAAAACGCGCUUUGGAGACAGACGAGCUCCUGGAUGCGAAAAGAAACAACUUGGACAAGGCCCCGACACCAAUGACCAAUUACCCUUGUACGAACAGAAGAAGCUCCAGGCCACCAAGGCCAGGCAACAAAAGCCCAAGGGCGAGACUCGAACCCCGACUGCCAAUUGGGCAGGAUGGGGCUUCUCGCAAUCCCUGACCGAUUCCAUGCUUAGGGAUAAGGACCUUUCCCGAAAUGAGGAACAAUCGGCUUGGGGAAUUCAAAGAGAUUCAAUUGCUGAAGAAGAGGCUGGAUCCUUGAAUCUAAGCUUGACAGAUAACCUGGCCCUUAAGAAUUCCUCCCCGAUUCCAAGGAGGACAAAAUCCACGUCAAUGGCGGGAUCGUCGUCGGAGGCGCCCAGUUAUGCGGCUGCAGCCCAAGGCCAAGGCCAAGGCCAAGGAUCGCUCUCAGCCCUCCAAGAGAGGGAGAAGAAAAGGCGUGGGAGCGUCAGUGGGGGUGGUGACUCAAUAUGGAACCAAAGUGCUCUGGAGGUCGUGCCGCUGCCCAAUCGAUUCAUCAAUCCGAAUGCGAGCUUGCCGAAAGUGCUCACUGAUCACGGCUUGGCUCAGUACACAGACUUGUUCCUUCGCCAUGAGUUGGAUCUGAUCGCGUUCUCCACAUUGGAUGAGGAGGAUUUCAAGGAGCUUGGCAUCCAAUCUUUGGGAGUCAGAGACAAGAUGAGGGUAUUGGCUCACCGAAUUCGCGAAGUCCACGUUGAUAAUUGGUAGAGAGAGGUCAUCACUCUUUGGCCUUGGGACUUAACUGAUUGAUGUUCCACGACUGCCAAUACCUGAUAUAUGUACUGACCAAGUGAUACAAAAAAAACCAUCCCUCUCAUGGUCAUUUUGAGAAGAACAGAGAGGACGACGAACGAAGAAUAUAUAAAUACAACCCAUUGCCAUGAUCCAUCCAUCCAUUAAGAAUUCUGAUAUGAUCCCUCUUCCCUGAAGCGACGAAUCACUUAUUAUCCCACCAUCAUGAUUAUAAUAUUACUUGUUUUGACUUUGUUAUCAUGAUCUAAUUAUCAACUGCUUUGUUCCGGUAUGUAUGGAAAUAUAGAUGAAUGAGAAGACGAGAGUGGAGAGAAGAAUGGACCCCCUCCAUCGAAGUGACAAGACUCGUUUUUUUGAGGAUUAUCAUUCGGAAUUAUUCCCCUCAGUUUCCCUAUCGACCACUUUUUGAUGUUGUGCUCUAUCAUUAAUUCAUCUCGAGAACCAAUGAAAUGUCUAUCUAAAACUGUCGAUUAUGAAGCCAUUCUCAAAGCCAGAAAGGGCGGUGAUUUUAAAAUAAAGAACCUGUUCGUGUUCCCAAAA